AUGACACUUCAAGACCAAAUUAUGCAAGGUGGAAUAUAUACACCAAUCCCUACGUUUUUCAAGCUGGAUAGCAAAUACACGUUGGAUUUAGAAACCCAAGUUUCCCAUGCACAAUUUUUAUAUAAGAAUGGUAUCCGCGGACUAGUAGUAUGUGGGUCUAUGGGUGAAUGUGUACACUUAACAGCAAAGGAAAGACACGAAGUUGUGGCUGCAAUUAGGAAAGCUAUUCCAGACGAAAACUUUAAACUCAUUGCUGGAGCCCCACCAAUGGGCAGUAUUCAAGAGGCUAUUGAAGAAUCAGAUCUGGCUGCCACAGCUGGAGCGAACUUUAUUAUUUUGCUAGUUCCAGGCUAUUUCGGGCCGUCAUUGAUAAGCCAGCAAGGUAUACUUGAAUAUUUUACCCAGGUUGCAGACCAAUCUGCCCUUCCUGUUAUGGUAUACAACUACCCUGGUACCUGUAAUAACGUAACAAUUACACUCGACACCUACGAGAAAUUAGCUCAGCAUCCAAAUAUCGUGGGUACAAAAUUAACCCACUUUAAUUUGGAUUUAUAUACUUUGUUAGGAAAAAACACAACCAUCUGCAAGACUAACAAUUUUAGACCAUUUACUGGUUUGGGCCAAGUCCUAGUUCCUGCCUUAUCAGUGGGAAUUUAUGGUGCCAUUGAUGGAUUAUCUGCAUUGUUCCCUAAAGUCAUGGUCAAGCUAUACAAUUUAUGUAAAGAAGGAAAAUCUACCGAAGCUUCUGAUUUGCAAUACUUGGUUACCAAGGCAGAUAUGAUGAUUUUAGAAUUGAAUGUCGUCGGUAUAAAAUAUGCUAUUAAACAGGUACACAAUUUUGGAGAUAACUUGACAGGAAGACCACCAUUAAGUAGAUCAAUUGAUAUGGAUGCUUAUAAAAAAUUUCAACCUGAUAUCGAAACAUUAGCUAAGAUCGAAAAUUCGUUAUAG